AACUGUACCCGUGCUUGUGAUAAUGUAGGGCUCCCUAGCAGACCUGGGCUAUAAUAAUAUAUGAUUUUUUAAAUAACUUUGAAACAAGAAUUCAGAAAUCCCUAUAUUUGUAUCCCUUGUGGUUCUUCAAUACCAAAGGAGAAAAUAAGUUCUCCUCCUGUAUUAGUAAAUAUGUCUUGCAGAGUUAGGUUAUAUUAUUAACAUAGUUUUAGAAAAGCUUUCAUCAAACCAUGUAUUAUACAAUUCUAUAUUUAUUCAAACAAAGGAAUUUAUCUUGUUGGAUUUUAUCAGCUUAUUUUAUUAUUUUACAAUAUUUUUCGUAAAGCAGUUUUGAAGCACUUGUAUUUAAAACUAACCUGUUUCUCAUACAGAAAUGGUCCAUCAACACCAUAGCUGAUGCAACAUUUUGCAACCCAUUUAAAAAAAAAAUAUGGUCCUUUUGCUGUGUACGCCUUAAUUAUUUAUUUAUAACGUAUCAUAUUAUGUGUUGAUAUGUUAGGCCAGCAAGCAACCUCCGGAAAUGUCACGUUGUUUUCUUCCUAUGAACAGAAUAAUUACAAAUUCAUUAUCCCCAUUGUAAUUUCCAAAACGAGGGGUCUUUGACCUCCAUGAUCCAGAUAAUACCGUAGCUUCUGUCUGACUAUGACUUCUAUGUUAUCUGACUUUGGAAAUGCCACAGGCCCAGUUCCGAUCCUUUACCCUAUAGUCCAAACCCAAGAGAGUGAGUUUUUUUGCAGAGUUGUAAUGAAAUGAAUAGGUCUACAUAUAGGUAGAUAUGAUGGGAAGGAGGUCAGAACAGACUCAGGGAUAUUACUGUAUAAAGGUAUGAGCAAUUGGCCUCUAUCACCUGGGCAUCGUUUAUAAACAGUAGCUGGGAAAUUUAAUUGAAUGCUGAACAGUUCCACCACCAAGUUAGGAUUACGAGCCAAGAUGGCUGCUUGGUAAUUAAGGUUUAUUGCUGUUAAUAAUUAUAUUGUAUGGCCAUAACAGCAAUUCAAUAUUUUGUCAGCAGAAUCAUGAAUUCCUGAAAUAUGUGUUUCAAGAGUUCUGGAAGGCUCAUUUACAGUUGGCCUUGCAGGGAACUGUGUGAUGAUGAACUAUAUUGUUAAGGAAGCCAGUUGUACUAUAAUCAAACUGAUAAACUGAACCAAAUUGUAAAUGUAUGGAACAAUAUUAAAGCAAAUCCUACUUUUCGUGCGUUUUUCCAUUGAGGAUUAAUAUGAGGACAAUGUCACGUACAGAUAAUAUUCACUGCAAAAUGAGUAUUUAUUUAAAUGUUUUAUGAUAAUACUGUGGACAGUAUUUACAUACACGUGCGGAAGGUUUCAUAUUUGAAGUUUGUGUAAACAUUGUUCUCACAAUUCUGUUCUGAAAUUCUGUCAAAUCCCAGAGGUUCGUACAUCCACAGUAUUUCUUAAUUAUUCCUGCUUUUGUUUUCCUAAAGGUCUCUCACUCUAUCUCUCGCCCCAAUCUCUUAGUCCCUCAGACAAGCGUCUGCAUGCGUAGUCGGGCCCUCUUCGUCAUCAUGUGCUGUGAAACCCCCUUUAUAAACGAGGCCAGGGUCACCCUGAAAAGUCACUGCCCAACCAAACCACACAGAGCGAGUCAAGUGUUUUUUCUCAGAAUAAAAAUAAAUAAAUAGACAGAGAUAGAUACAGAGGAUAAAGUGUUGAUUGAAAUUCAGUUAUCUCCUUUUGACAAUUGAACUUGCACUAGCUGUUGGCUUGCUGUGGGUGUGGGUGUGACUGUGUGCGAGAGGGUCAGUAUGUGGAAAGCCGUAGUGUUGGUGGUGUGUCUGCUGGUGGCGGGGAUCCAUGGCAUGGAGGGACCGUCCUACGGCGUGAAGCUCUGCGGGCGGGAGUUCAUCCGAGCAGUCAUAUUCACCUGUGGGGGUUCCCGCUGGAAGCGAUCCCUGGGUAGCAAAGUAGAUGCGUGGGGCUCCCAGGACGAACCGAUAUCUGACCAGUCCAGCGGUGUAGACAGCAGCCUCCAGCUUGAAGAAAUUGGAGAAAGUGGGUUCAAGCGGACGGUCCGAUCCGUCAUCUCCGAGGAAAUCCUGCAGGCCCUGCGCAGGGACGACCGCAAAGGCCGCGGUGUGGUGGUGGGGCUGUCCAACGCCUGCUGCAAGUGGGGCUGCAGCAAGAGCGAAAUCAGCUCUCUCUGCUGAUGGAACACCAUACAACCUGGGAGGAACAAAAACGGAUAGAAUUGAGAUACGCUCGUGCACACACACACACACACACACACACACACACACGCACACACUUUGUUUAUUAAUUUCCUACAUUGGCCACAUGUCUUGUAUUUUUUAAUUGGUAUUUAGUUACUCGUUCUAUGUCUGAAGUUGAAACAAAUGACCAAUUAGUUGUUGUUAGGAUCUGGUCUGUGUUGAAGUUUAUUUAUAUUAAAUGAAAUAACCCAUUCUGAUGAAUGUGUGCUAUUUUUCCAAUCAGACAAAUACAACUUUUUUGCUGAAUGUUUCCCUGGUUCUCUCUCUCUCUCUCUCUCUCUCUCUCUCUCUCUCUCUCUCUCUCUCUCUCUCUCUCUCUCUCUCUCUCUCUCUCUCUCUCUCUCUCUCUCUCUCUCUCUCUCUCUCUCUCUCUCUCUCUCUCUCUCUCUC